ACACGUUUACUCCAGUUGAAAACAUCCGGCAGUCUGCACGUGUGGAUUUAUUCCUAAAAUGUUGAAUGUUCUACAGUAUAAGCAACAUAUGUAUUAUAGCCUGCAGUUUAUUAGAAGGCUCAACCUGCAAGCUUAAUCGUUAGCUUCAUCGCUAUCAAACCAUUUAGCUACAGACUCAUCACCAUGGCUGGAAGAGGCAGGGGUCGUGGAAGGGGUCAGAUGACCUUCAACCUGGAGGACUUGGGCAUAGGAAGGGGAGACAGCCUGCCCCCCACCACCUUUAAGCCCUCACCCCUCUUCCCUCCCAUGCCAGUCCAGCCUGUGCCCCUGCAGACAGGAGAGGAGGUGGAGUACAUGCUGGCUCUGAAACAGGAACUGAGGGCCGCCAACAAGACCCUGCCCUUCUACAUCAGACGGGCCGCUCCCAAAAGAGAUGUCGAUCGCUACUCUGAUAAGUACCAGAGCGGAGAGCCCAAGGACAGUGCCAUCGAGUGGAGCCCAGACUGGAGCAGAUUACCUAAAGAGCUUUGCAUUAAAGUGAGGAAGCCUCUGGCUAAAAGACAUCCACCCCAAGUUAAACAGCCAAAGAAACCUCUUGUGGGAAAAGAGGAGAUUCUCACCAAGCUGGAGACUCUCGAAAAGAAAGAAGAGGCGGUGAACUCUGAGGAAGAGGAAGACGGGGAGAAAAAGAAGACGAACGAGGAAGAAGAACAGGCAGAGGAAGAGGAAUUCGAGGAAGACUUUGAAGAGGAUACCGACUACAUCAUGUCUUACUUUGACAACGGAGAGGAGUUUGGAGGGGACAGCGACGACAACAUUGACGAAGCUACUUACUGAGAGACCGUAAGAGUGCUGAUAACACUAAAUAGACUAGAAAAGGAGGCCUUAAGUAAUCGUCCCUGUGGACGCAGUUACAGUAUUUUAAUUACUCGUGGAGUCAUUGGCCAUGGUAACAGACAUUGAAUGCCUGCUGCUAUUCAGCCAUGACAGGUAUAGUCUAAAACAUGGAAAGAACAAUAUGCUGCUAUCUGAUAACCUAGGUCCAAGACAUGGAAGGUGGUGACUGCUGGUGGAAACAGUUGCUCAAUGUAGAUGUCUAGAGCGAAUACUCAGACUUGUUGUAUGUGGUGGUUUAAAGUCCCAAAGAUACUAACUAGUCAUGCUGACAGUUCCCCUUUCUUCAGCUAUGUUGAGGUAGUAAUGGGAGCUGAUUUAUUUACAGGCCAUUGUUGCCUUUUAUAACUUUAAUAAUAGAUUUUAUGGUUUUAAUUAACAAAUAAUGUGCAAUUGCAGUGAUAGGGUUUUUAGAGUAAAGGCAUGUUUUAGAGAAAGGUAAUUUAGCUUUUACAAUUCCUUGGUGUACCAAUCUUUGUUUUUUAAAGUGUAUACGACAAUCAAAGUUUUUAAUUACAGUUUUCAAUGUCUUAGCUAAUCGAAAAAUUACCUUUGUUCAUUUUAAAUAUUUUAUUUCUGUAAUGUGAAAUUUCUGUUAUGCGAGUUGAACAUUUGAAAGUGUUGAAUUUGAUUCUCUAAAUACAUUUUAAAGAACCCUA